GCGCGUGGUGGCUUUGUUGAAUUUGGUUGAAAGUAUCAUCAAGUUCUCAAAAAUAAUACAAAUUAGCGUUUGAGCAGCAAUUUGAGGAUAAAACAAUAUUGAGACUAGUAGUCUUGCCAGAUAGCAUGAGCGGAGUAGCAGUCAUCACGUAACCAAGGCAAAUAAUGCGACUCGCGGGAGAAUCACCGCCUAAAACGUCAACAAACCCAUUGGAUUACUUCCGGUAGCGGUCAAAGACUUGGAAUUAUCUGCACUGACAAUGGACGUAUAUAACACUGGGAAAGAAAAGCUUAACACACCAACCGAUUACACCUCACCGUCGAAUUCCAGGAAACCCCAGGUUGACCUGGUGCCUCCGUCACAUUUUGCAUCCAGUGUCCAGGCUGCUGGACUGCCUGCAGGGGAUCACAUCUCCGGCACACAGCCAUGCGUCUCCUGGAUGAACCCAAGUGUCCCACCAGCACCACCGAAAGAUCCAUGGCUUGUUUUCACUCAGAGCCAAGAAGAAGUAUCAACGCUGAGUAAGGAAAAUCAAUGCGCUGUGGUGCUGCGAGGACACAACAUAGGAGGGAGGACUCCAGAGGAUAACCCGUCAGACUUGAGGACAAGAUCCACCGAGGGAGGCGUGCGAUGGUCCAGAUGGGAAGCAGAGUGGUGUCUGGAGGCUGGGAAGCACAAAGCAGAGGCUGAACGGUUGAAGGAGCAGAUGGAGGCCCUGAAGGAGACCGUACAGAGAUACAGGGAAGAGAUGAGAGUCAAAGACAAUGCCAUAAGCAGGCAGAGUCACGAUUUGGAGGUGAUGCAUGAAGAAAUAGGUAAGGUGAGGACUGAACACAGCCAAACCAAGGAGGAGCUCACGCACUGUCGUACACAGAAGGAGAAAAUAAGCUCACAGCUCGAAAGACUUAAGAGGGAGUCUGAUGAGGAAAUUGCAAAGGUGAGGAAGGAGGGGGAAGCAAAAGGAGAGAUGAGCAGGCAGCAGGAGGCAGAAAAGCAGUCUUUGAGAUUGUCACAACAGCUGCAGCAAAUGCAGAAGAAGCAGGAGGAAGAGCUGCGACUGUUGAGCACCUCUCACUGCGUGGAGCUAGGCGCAGCCAGAAAAUCAAAUAUUGAACUGCAGAGCAAAGUUCAGAUUGCGAACCAGGAGGUGCUGCAGCUCAAAAGCAGUCUGAUGAUGGUAUCUGCAGAGAGAGAUGAGCUGAAAGAACAACUAAGGCAAACCAAACAAGCCAACGACACACAAUCGGCAACUCUGCACAGCCUCCGGAAUUACAUUGGCCAGCUGGUCCCCGACACUGUAGAGAAGGAACAAUUAAAUGAAGCCGUUGAGAGACUGAACAAAGAGAAAGCGGCGUUACAGAAAACUGCAGAGCUUUUGACGGUCAGACUUAACUCCAUGAGUGAGAUUGUCUCCCUCCAAGAAGAGAAGAUGCUGAAGAAUGCCUCGACAGACCCACUGGUGGCAAAACGAUCUAAUAGCCUCCAUGUGCUUCACCUGUGGAGGGACAAGGUGUUCAAGCUGUGCGUCCAGCUUCGCUUGAAGGACAUGGAGCUGCGAGACGAGAGGGAACGACGUCUUUCCGAGCUUACACUUAUGGACCAACAGCUUCAGGAGGAGCAGCAUGGCACAACUGUGCUCCAGCGAAGUCUUGACGCCAGGAUAGCUGAGCUGGACCAGGAGAAAGCGGAAAAGGAGACUUUGCAACAGGACUUGGCACAGGCUUGCAAGGAAAGCCAAGAACAGAAAGAACGUUGUCUUAGCAAAGAGGCUGAACUAAAAAUCACAACAGAUGCUGUUUGCGGGUUCAGUCUUGUAUUUCAUCGUAGCAUGGCUGAAGUGGAUGCAGCACAAGCAAAACUCAACACCUUUGGUCAAAGGUUGAAUUUUGCCAGAGGCAGAGUGGAGACAGUCCAAGCUUUGUUCAUGAGGAGGGUCGCUCUGCACAAAGCCCAGCAGGCCAGUAAACAGACAGAGCAGGCUGCUGAGAGCAUCAGGAAUCUACAAACAGAACUUAGUCUGGUGUGUGAAGAAAGAAGCAAACUCACGCAGGAGCUCAAAAGAAGCCCAGAGUUGAUUGAAAAGGCACUGGCUGACAUGAAAGAACAGUAUGAGAAAAAGCUGGGCCAAAAGCAGAAGGAGCUGGAGCAGACCUGGAUGGAGCUGCAGCAAGUCAUGUCUGAAAGAGAGGAGGGCCAGCAGAAUCUGCAGCAGGUCUUGGCCCAGAUGGAGGAGAGCAAGGUCACACACGAGAAGCUCCGGUGUGAACUGCUCAGCCAGAAGGAGCACAGCGAGCAUACCCUGCAGGAGCGCGUGUCUGAGAUCGAGAGUCGCUGUGCUGACAAGCUGAGUGAGAUGGCGGUCCAAGUCAAUACGGCGAAGAAAGAACACACCAAAGCAGUCAUGACUUUGCGGCAGUUUGAGAGAGAGGUAGCGAGGAGACAGAACCACUGGAGAGAAACUGAAGGUCUGCCAGGUGAACACACAAAGGAGGAGGUCCAGUGUAAACAGACGGAAGAGGCUGAGAGGCACAGGCACCAACUGCUGGCUGCUGUUGUUGAGAGAGAGCUGAGCAGUCACUUCCCAAGAGUUUGCACCUCAGCUCUGCAAAAUGGGGCAGAAAAACCUUCAGAGAGGAGUCACUCUACGGGGCUCGGAGCAGAAGCAGAGAGGCUCAUUUCUGUAUUGGAGGAGCUCCAUACGCUCAGUGCUGCGGUGGUAAACAGCUCUGAGGACUCGGUAGAGGAAGAGGAGGAGCUCAGCUGAUUGUGUGAGGAUUCAUCAGUGAACACAUCUUUAAUUUGCACGCACGCCAUUAUUUGUUGUCUUAUUAAAUGCAUUUUCUUCAUAGAAAACUUUUAUUGGAUCGCAUAAGAUUGUGCGGAUGUACCUAAUGAAGUGUCCAGUCUGUAUACUGUACAUCAUUUUGGCAUACAAAUGAAUCAUUGUGAGAAACGUUUAAUAUAAAAUUUGUUCAAAUGUUAUUUCUUUAUGAGAGAAAUGGGUAUAAUUUUAUAUAUGACUUAUGAAGUACUUUUGUACGUGUUUUUUUUCCCUAAUCACUGAUGUUCAUAGAAGCCGGGGUAUGCUGGAGCCUAUCCCAGCUGACUUCAGGCGACAGGCGGGGUACACCCUGGACUGGUCGCCAGCCAAUGGCAGGGCACAUAUAGACAAACAAGCAUUCCCACUCACAUUCAUACCUAUGGACAAUUUAGAGUCUCCAAUUAACCUAACAUGCAUGUUUUUGGAAUGUGGGAGGAAACUGGAGUACCCGGAGAACUCCCCCCCCCCAGACUGUUACUGUGUUGGCCAACAUGCUAACCACUAGACCACCAUGCGGCCCACUGAUGUCCAAAAUGUCUUCAAUUUCAUUUUCAAGGCUUUGGGUUCUGAGUUGUGGCAAAGCAGGGAUUCAUGUGGUCAGAACAGAUUCCUCACAUAUGUGGGAACACCGAGUGGAUGUGAUUUGAUAAUACAAAACAAAAAAUCAAUAUCGUCUAUUUGUAGUUUCCCUUACAGAGGCCAGUUUGAAAUGAUUUUGCAAUUGUCGGAGGGAUGCUGAUAAACAUCAUGAUGAGCCAGAUAAUUGAGCUAUUUUUCUUGUCUUGAGUGCUGAUAAAUUUUGCAAUAGCUUCAACUUCUCGCCCCGAGGUGAAACCAUCGAUGGAGGGAAAAUAAGAACAAAGUCGAGAGUUUCCUGCUUUAUUUUCUGAGAGCAUCAGAAAUGAUUUGCUGGGACACAGUGCUGCUGGAGGGGUGAUUCAUCUUACCAAGCAGGGAACAUAAAUAACAAUUUUAAUAGGACAUCAGGAGAAUUUAACAGUGCACCUUUUGCUUUUUUACUGAAGGAUUUUGGAGAACAUAAGACACAGAAGAUGUGAAAAACAUUUUUUUUAUUUAAAAGCACAAUGAUGGUGUGAAGGUACUGCAUGUAUUAAAAGGGAUUACAAUGAUUUACCACACAUUUACCAUCCCAUAUUUGGACCAUUUGUCUAAAUUUGAUCAACUCGGAUCGCAUCAAAUGACAAUAGAUCGAACAAGCAGCAGCUAAUCAUUUAUGGCAUCAAGAGAAUUGGCGCAUGUGUGUUAAGGUUCCGACCGCUAGAGGGUACUGUUGUCAAAGCGGAGAGCCUUCAGCCCUCUUCAGUAUUCAUUUGUAAAGAACAACUACAAGUAGGAGCGAAUCAAUUUUCUAAGUAUUUUUAAGUACGUCAGUAAUAAAUGUUCUAAUGUUCUACUCUGAACUAUAGUGGACCCCUAAAAUGUGAACACCAUCCCUUCCAAGACAUUAGUUGACUUUUUUUAAUGCUGUGGCGCAUGUUGGACAUAAUUCACCCAUCGGAACUUUAUGUGAGUUGCAGUUUCACCUGGGCCCUUAUGGCUGAGGGACCCUUGUUUUCCGGUAGAGAUACAUGUGCAUUUUGCUCUGUCAGGUUGUAAGC